AUGGCGGACGUGAAGGGUAAUGGCUAUGCCAAUGGCGAUGGCCAUCAUGACUAUCUAGAGAAAACUGACAGCGCUCCACGACGUCACUCCAGCGUCGCGGACCUCAACCGGCACAAAAAUUUGGAUGCAAAGAUUUCGAAUCCUCUUGCGGACCUCACAACAGAUCAACUUUUCGCAGAUGUCGAGAAUUUCGCUGGUCGCACCGGCAUGACCGAUCAAAUUGACCUUCUCAAGAGAGGUGCUCUCGUGGCUCAAAAUCCUGCUGGCUACGAGAACAUUUCAGCACUUUCUUCAGACGAGAAAGAUGCGCUCCGAAUCGAAGUCACCAAGAAAUGGAACCAUCCCUGGAAGCUGUACAUGACUGUCGCAGUUUGCUCAAUUGGUGCUGCGGUGCAAGGAUGGGAUCAGACUGGAACUAAUGGUGCCAAUCUGUCAUUCCCUGUGGUAUUCGGUUUGGCGAGUGGAUCGGAUAGGGAUUUCUGGAUUGUCGGUUUGGUCAACGCUGCCCCCUACAUUGGGAGUGCAUUCGUUGGUUGCUGGAUUUCCGACCCUUUCAAUCGCUAUUUUGGUCGACGAGGUACUAUCUUUGUCUCAGCUAUUGUUCUGAUUGCUACACCAAUUGGAGGAGCUGUUACCGCUAGUUGGCAACAACUAUUUGCUACCCGUAUUAUUAUGGGUGUAGGCAUGGGUCUCAAGGGUGCUACAACGCCAGUGUUCGCUGCAGAGAACGCACCAGCUGCCAUUCGUGGUGCCUUGGUCAUGACCUGGCAAUUUUGGACAGCAUUUGGUAUAUUCCUCGGCACAGCUUUCAACCUUGCAGUCUACAAUGCUGGAGCCAUCGGUUGGCGACUCCAGCUAGGCUCUGCUUUUAUUCCUGCUGUACCACUCGCUAUCCUGGUCUACUGCUGUCCUGAGAGUCCUCGAUGGUAUAUCAAGCACGGCAAGCACAGGAAGGCUUGGAAUUCACUGGUUAAGCUUCGAAAUCACCAAAUCCUCGCUGCAAGAGAUCUUUACUAUAUCAGCACACAGAUUGAGAUCGAGAGAGAGAUAGUCGGAGAGUCCUCGUACAUCAAACGCUUCUUCGAGCUAUUCACGAUUCCACGAAAUCGCCGCGCAACACUGGCUUCAUUUAUUGUUAUGAUAGGUCAACAGAUGUGCGGUAUCAACAUUAUCGCUUUCUACUCCUCGACUAUCUUCGUGGAAGGAGGUGCAUCAUACUUCAACGCCCUCCUCGCCUCCUUCGGCUUUGGUGCAGUGAACUUCAUUUUCGCCAUCCCAGCAUUCUACACAAUCGACACAUUUGGCAGGCGAAACCUUUUGCUCUUUACUUUCCCACAAAUGGCUUGGACACUCCUGGCUGCCGGUUUCUGCUUCUAUAUCCCAAGGGAAAGCACCGCUCAUCUUGGAAUGAUUGCCUUCUUUGUCUAUCUCUUCUGCGCCUUCUACUCGCCAGGAGAGGGACCUGUUCCAUUCACUUAUUCAGCCGAGGUCUUCCCAUUGUCUCACCGAGAGGUCGGUAUGGGUUGGGCCGUGGCUACCUGUCUAUUUUGGGCCGGUGUCCUAGGAUUGACCUUUCCAAAAAUUUUACAGGCAUUUGGCCCAACCGGCGCGUUUGGUUUCUUUGCCGCACUCAAUAUGAUUGCCUUUGUCUGGAUCUUUUUGUGGGUCCCAGAGACCAAGCAACGUACCCUCGAAGAACUUGACUACAUCUUCGCUGUCCCAACUCGCCGCUUUAUGUCUUAUCAGACCGGAACAUGGCUUCCAUGGUUCAUCAAGCGCUACGUCUUUUUCAACAAGAACGCGCAGCUCAAGCCACUAUAUCAACUCGAUGAGAACCUUAUUGGGGACAUCCGCACAGAGAAGCGACGAGCAUCUCUUGCUCACGACACCUCGAUGGAUGCAAGCAGGAAGGUAUAA